AUGUGUCAUAAAGAACGUGUUCAUGUCCACAGAGAGAGGAAGAGGAAGAGGAGGGGUGUUUCUGUGGAGGAGCAGCUGUCCUGCUGUUCUUUGUGUCAGGACGUCCUGAAGGAUCCAGUCUCUACCAGCUGUGGACACUGGUUCUGCAGACAGUGCAUCAGCUCAUACUGGGACCAGUCUGCUUCAUCAGGAGACUCCUCCUGUCCCCAGUGUGGAAAAAGAUCCAGAACAAGACCUGGACUGCAGACAGACAGUCAGACCAGCACUGUACAAACAGAAAGUGGUCUGCAGGAGGUUUUAGAUGAACAUAAGAUCAGUCUGAGGAGGAGAUAUGAAUGUGUGACUGAAGGAACUGAUGCAGCAGGAAGUGAAACCCUCCUCAACAGGAUCUACACUGAGCUCUACAUCACAGAGGGACAGAGUGAAGAGGUUAAUACCCAACAUGAGGUGAGGCAGCUUGAAGCAGCUUCCAAGAUGAAGAUCCACCAUGACACUCCAAUCAAGUGCCACGACAUCUUUAAACUCUUACCUGACCAACAGAAACACAUCAGAGUCGUUAUGACGAACGGCGUCGCUGGUGUUGGAAAAACCUUCUCAGUGCAGAAGUUCACUCUGGACUGGGCAGAGGGCUCAAAAAACCAAGACGUCAGUCUGGUGAUUCCGCUUUCAUUCAGGGAGCUGAACUUGAUCAAAGAUGAGCAGUACAGUCUCCUCAUGCUGAUCCAUGAUUUCCAUCCAACAUUACAGAAGGUCACAGCAGAGAAGCUCGAUGACUGUAAAGUUUUGUUCAUCUUUGACGGCCUGGAUGAAAGCAGACUUUCACUGGAUUUCAAGUUCAACAACAGGAAGGUCGUGUCUGAUGUCACACAGAAGUCAUCAGUCAACGUGCUGUUGACAAACCUCUGCAAGGGGAAUCUGCUUCCCUCGGCUCUCGUCUGGAUAACUUCCCGACCUGCAGCAGCCAAUCAGAUCCCUCUGACAUGUGUUGACAGGGUAACAGAGGUACGAGGCUUCACUGACGUCCAGAAGGAGGAGUACUUCAGGAGGAGAUUCAGUGAUGAAGAGCUGUCCAGCAGAAUCAUCUCACACAUCAAGACAUCCAGGAGCCUCCACAUCAUGUGUUACAUCCCAGUCUUCUGCUGGAUCACUGCUAGAGUUCUGGAGCACAUGUUGACUACAGACCAGAGAGGAGAGCUGCCCAAGAACCUGACUGACCUGUACUCACACUUCCUGCUGGUUCAGACAAAGAGGAAGAAGCACAAGUAUGAUGAAAGACAGGAGACGAGUUCACAGGAGCUGACGGAGGCUGACAGUGAAGUUCUUCUGAAGCUGGGGAGGCUGGCAUUUGAACAUCUGGAGAAAGGAAACAUCAUGUUCUACCAAGAAGACCUGGAGCAGUGCGGUCUUGAUGUCACAGAGGCCUCGGUGUUAUCAGGAUUUUGUACAGAGAUCUUCAAAAGAGAGAAUGUGAUCUUCCACAAAACAGUUUACUGCUUUGUUCAUCUGAGCGUUCAGGAGUUUCUGGCUGCAGUCUACAUGUACCACUGUUACACCAACAGCAACACAGAGGUACUGAAGGACUUCCUGGGAAAAUACAACAGUAACUCAUCCCUGGAUGACUUCCUGAAGAGAGCCAUGAAGAAAUCUCUCCAAAGUGAAAAUGGCCACCUGGAUCUGUUUGUGCGUUUCCUUCAUGGCCUCUCUCUGGAGUCCAACCAGAGUUUCUUAGGAGGCCUGCUGGGUCAGACAGAGAACAGUCCAAAAAUCAUCCAGAGAGUCAUCAACAACCUGAAGGAGAUGAACAUGUACAAUACCUCUCCUGACAGAAGCAUCAACAUCUUCCACUGUCUGAUGGAGAUGAACGACCUCUCAGUACAUCAGGAGAUCCAAGAGUUCCUGAAGUCAGAGAACAGAUCAGAAGAGAAACUCUCUGAGAUCCACUGCACAGCUCUGGCCUACAUGCUGCAGAUGUCAGAGGAGGUUCUGGAUGAGUUGGACCUGCAGAAGUACAACACAUCAGAGGAGGGACGACGGAGACUGAUCCCAGCUGUGAGGAACUGCAGAAAGGCUCUACUUUCUGGCUGUCGACUCUCAGAGACUCACUAUGAAGUUGUGGCCUCAGCUCUGAAGUCCAACCCCUCCCAUCUGAGAGAGCUUGACCUGAGUGGAAACCUCCUGAAGAGUGAGCCGACUGGUUCAAGAUUUGAGCUUCUAUCUGCUGGACUGGAGAGUCCAAACUGUAGACUGGAGAGAAGAGUAGUAGCAGGAAAUGCACAGAGAUUGUGGCUCUGCAUGUUGUCAGAGAUCAGCUGUGCUUCUCUGGUCUCAGCUCUGAAGUCCAACCCCUCCCAUCUGAGAGAUCUUGAUCUAAGAGGAAACAACCUGAAAGAUUCAGGAUUAAAACUACUGUGUGAUUUUCUGGAGAGUCCAGACUGUAGACUGGAGACUCUGAGAUUGAGUUCCUGCAGAUUGUCAGAGAUCAGCUGUGCUUCUCUGGUCUCAGCUCUGAAGUCCAACCCCUCCCAUCUGAGAGAUCUGAUUCUGUCUCACAACGACGUGUGUGACGUGAAGCAGCUGUGUGAUUUUCUGGAGAGUCCACACUGUAGACUGGAGGCUCUGGAAUUGAGUGGCUGCAGUUUGUCAGAGAUCAGCUGUGCUUCUCUGGUCUCAGCUCUGAAGUCCAACCCCUCAUCCCAUCUGAGAUAUCUGGAUCUAAGAGGAAACGACCUGAAGGACUCGGACAUGAAACGGCUGUCUGAUCUUAGGGAGAGUCCAGACUGUAGACUGGAGACUUUUCCAACUCAAAGCCCAGAAGACUCGGCCUUGUGUAGGAAUAGUAGCCGCAGAUUGACUGACUGCAGUUUGUCAGAGAUCAGCUGUGCUUCUCUGGUCUCAGCUCUGAAGUCCAACCCCUCCCAUCUGAGAAAGCUGGAUCUGACUGGAGGAGAGUUUCAAGAAUCAGACAUGAAGCUACUGUGUGAUUUUCUGGAGAGUCCAGACUGUAGACUGGAGUAU